GCCACAUGUACAGCUUACCUUUUUGUCUCGACAGUUGAAUCCCUGCACAGUGGUGCUCUUACCGUUUGAAAAUUUUCUGUACAGUUGAGAAAGUACAAACGGAGCCCCCCCGAAAUUUUUUUCCUGCGGAAGCCGCUCCAUAAACCGUGAGCCAUCUCCCCGACAAUCCCGGUGGAAUUGUGGUAAAUUUUGAAGUAACUUUUGAGGUUAGGGGUAAAAUUUUCUCGUGUCAAGCUGUCAAGUGAUGUGAUAACACUGAUAAUGACACCUGCGGCUGGAGGGGCCAACAGAUGUGGGGACUUAUUGCUACGUCAACAUUUCAACUGAUUAUGAGGUUAACGGGGGUCUCCUGCUCUUGACAGACAAAUCACAGUGAUUAUUGUUGGCUUGAUAAUUAUGAAAUUCAGGGGGUGGCAAACGUAAUGAGUGGUGUGUUGGUUCUGAAGGUGCAACUUUCAACAAGUUAUAAUGUUUAAAUUGGAAUCCUAUAUAACUCCGGUACUUCUCAAUUAUGUUGGGAAGUAUGUGAAGAAUUUGAAGCCGGAGCAGUCUCAGGUAUCACUAUGGGGUGGCGACGCAACUUUCCAAAAUCUAGACCUCCGCCUCAACGUUCUGAACGAACAAUUCGAUCUUCCCUUCAGCUUCGUCAGCGGUCACAUCCACGAGCUCCUGAUCCAUGUCCCCUGGGUGAAGAUCACCUCUGAGCCCAUAAUAAUCACAAUAAACACGAUAGAAUGUAUCCUAAAGAUGAAAGACGGUUCCGAGAAGCGGGAGGACAGCCUCUCCCCUCAUUCCCUCGAUUCUUUCCAAGAGGACACUCCCCCAGGUUACAUGAAAAGCAUUGUGACAAAAGUCGUCAACAACAUAACGAUAAACUGCAACAAUCUCAUUCUAAAAUUCGUAGAAGAGGACAUAGUCCUCAGUGUGAACAUUCGUUUCCUCUCAAUGCAGACAGUCGACGACUCCUGGCAGCCAACAUUCGCCGACGUCAACGGAAACGACAUGAUUCUGCGCAAAGUUAUCACCAUCGAAGACUUGACCCUGUGCCUUGACAAGAUGGAUUCGUCUGGAAAAAUUGAUAUUUACCAGGAUCCAGUGGUCUAUCGUUGCUCUAUGACAAUCAGAGCGAUCAUGAACUGCCAGAACAGCAGUUUGAAACGCUCAACAAUAACACGAUUUGACAUGCACUGUUCUAAAAUGGAAUUCUCGAUAACAGAACAGCAAAUUCCGAUGCUGUUGCGAUUAAUCUCGAUGUUAAUGGCUCUACAAUCGAAACGAACGGUGAUGAAUCAGAGAAAGUCCUCGAUAACUGAGGAAAUACAAUCGGAAAUUGGAGAGAGUGAUGAGACGAUAACGUCAUCAGCUCCGAUGGGCAAUAACAAUGGUUGGGGGACGUGGGCAUGGAAUGCAGUGGCCUCAGUACUCCCUGUCGACUGGGAGGACGAACUGUCGAUGGAUCAGCCACUCGGCUACAUCGGCCACACGGUUCACUUCGGAAUAUACAUCGAAGAAGCGAUUUUAACCCUGAAAACUAUGGAGACAAUCAAGGAAUCCUUCUCUCACAAAUCAAUGAAAAUCAGAUAUCGACCAUUUUUAACUCUGAAACUGUCUGGGGUGGUUGCUGAGGCUGUACAGCAGGGUAUAACAGUAACAGCGUACAGGAUGGGCAUCGGAAGUGUCCAGUUAUCACCCAGAGGUAAUUGCAGCUGUGGAUUCAUCGAGGUCAAGGCCACUGCGGAAUUGCCACAGUAUUUGUUCGCUGGUAACUCUGUGAAUAAUUACUUGAAAGACUCUCUGUUUGACGAUGAAUUUACCAUUAGUCUAAUGAUGACCAGAGAAUACAACAAUGACAUCCAGGAACGUUUAUCAUCAGACACUAAAGCCAAAGAAUUUUUCAAAAACUGCCCUGCCUUCUGCCUAGACUUUGUUCAUCUUAUUGAACUCCCUGAUGAUAUCAAACAAGAUGAGUUGUUCGAUUUAGCAAGAAAUUUCGAGUACAGUAAUUUCCAGGAGAGAGAAACUACGAGGUUAUUCAUUGGAGAUCUGGAGGUCAGAAUUUGCUCAGGGGUUCUCCACAGGCUUCCAGUGAUCACUGGUGCCAUCGAAAAGUCUGACAUUUUGAAUUGCAUUUCUCACAGAGUUGAGCCAGCAGUUAGUGAACUGCCUCCAGUGACAAUUGAGGAAUACGAGUCGUUGAAUGAAUUCGUUCCCAUGACUGAAACAACGGUGAAUAUCUCGAAUUUAUCGGUGCAGUUUCAGUUGGCCGAUCACAGAAGUAAUUCCAGGAGAAAAUCACUGCAGAAUAAAUUGCUGGAUUACCCUAAGCUGGUUCUGAAUGUCGAUCGUUUUUAUGGCGAAGUGGUUGCACCCAUGUAUGCUUUCAGACUGGCAGCUUGUGCCUCGAAGCAGAUGGUUUUAUCAGAGAAAAUGUUGAGUCAGUGUUACAAGAAGGUGGAGGGAACCAUUUCUGGGUUUACCAGUCUCCUGUAUUUAUCAGAAAACUCUCACACAUCUUUGAUCAUACCCUGCAGUCUUGCAUUCUCCUUGCAGACGUUGAUCUACCCUCAAUACUGGGUGAAUAUUGAAUCCAUCAACAUUCCUAGAGAGAUUCAGAACUGCAGGCUGGAUAAUCUCACUGUUACAACAACAAAAGCUAAAUUUACUGUGGCAAAUGCCAUUUUAACGUCAAUACUAUGUCCAGAAGAUGCGGGGAAUCCCCUGUUUUGCUCGUCACUGCUGCACGACGCAUCCAGUGAAACCAAUGCCACGUAUCUGGAGUUGUCGAUUGAAAAUAUCAAUUACUCGUCGGUGAUUUUACUAGGAACAUUUACGAAGAGUUUGAGCAUUGGAAGUGUCAGGAUUUUUGCUCUUAAUGACAAUGAACAAGCGUUUGUCCUGUCAGGGCCAGAGACUUCUGAGGAUCCAGGCCAUAUUCCCAAAUUAUUGUCGAUGUCAGUGAGAUACCCGAAAAAUCCAGAGGCCCAGGAGCACGCAGUCACUGUCAGCCUCAGGAUAUCUCAGACUCGAGCAUCACUAGAUCCACUGUUUCUCGAUUGGCUUCAGUACCAGAGUAUUUACCAUGAGAUUGAACCCAUCACAGUAUUAUCGGACAAUCAUGGAACUGAGGAGACAUCAUCGGACGCAUCUACGAGGAAAAAAACAUUUCCUAGUCUUCAUGAGAACGUUCACAGCCCCUCUGAGAAGGAUCGCAAGUGGAACUGGAUUCUAGAGAGCACUAAGCAACAGAGCUACCAGAAAUCAGAAAUGAAAGCCAAAGUUGGAGUUUUGAAAAGAGUCACGAAUUCGUAUUUCUGGUGGAAGAAAAUUGGAGUUAUCUGUUGCAUCGAACCUCUGGUAAUGUAUAUGCCAUCGAGAUCAUUGGAUGGCAUUGGAAUGAAUGGAAUUGAAGAGUCAAAGGACAGAGCUUUGUCAAAUGCACAAGAUCUCCAAAUUUUCGUGAUGAAAACUGCACAUUUGACACUGCACUCAGCGAAUUUUUCAGCUGAUCAACUAUUGAAUGAAAACUUCAGCAUCUCCUCGAUCCACCAACUGCCAAAUAAUUUUCCUUGGACUCUGAGUAUGACUAACUUCCAUUGUUAUACGUUGAGCAAUGGAAAUCAAUCCACAAAACAGUUGAACUUUCUGAAGAUGGUAUCGCUAAAUGCUACAAUAGAUGCCACGAUCAAGCAGCACAUGAAUUCAGAAUCUUCACUGAAUACUCUGGGCUUCUACAUUUAUGUCAAUACAUCUCCAAUAACCAUCUCCUGUUCAGAGUUCCAGAUCAAACUGGUCAACGAAAUAAUUCAAAAAACCUCAACAAUAGUCGAAUCACACGUAAAUAAAACAGCGAGAGGUUCACGUGAUGAACAGAUAGACCUUCUGCUGGUGGGACAACCUCAAGCUCUCCAGAGUCCACCAAUAUUGUGUACAGAGGAAACAGAUACAACUUCAACAGCAUCGACAUCGAAGAAUGGGUCUGAAAACGAGGAGAAUCCAGCUGUGAUGACAGCCUGGAUUCAAUGGACAAUAACAAAAGUAUCGAUCAAGCUCUAUACUCUUCAUCCCAUCAGCCAGGUCGAACGAAAAAUGGUCAUGGAGCUGGAGGAUAUUAUAACUUCCCUGGACUGGCAGCCAAUCUACAUUCAACUGAAAAACAAAGUCACAACAGCCACAGUCUUCCAUUACGUGAGGUCAUCAAGAACUGUUCGUGAGCAAUGGCGUCUGGGGGAAUUUUCAGGAAUAAUCAUGUGCCCAGGUGAGCAGGAUGAUUUGGUGAAGGGUAUCCAGGCCGAUGACUUCUUGACUAUCACUGUGACAAGAGCCAAGUCGAAUAAUGUUUACAACAAGUGGAGUUCCUAUCACAAACAUCAUAAAACACAUAAGAAUCAUUAUUCCUACAUCAAUGACAACUCUUUAUCCAGCUACAUCACAGAAGUGGUGAUUAAACUGCAGAUUCUGGAGGUGAUUCUACCGAUGGAGGUCAUUAAAACGUACGUGGAUGUCCUAACAAUUAAAAGCUCUAAUUCUGAUGGCAUUGUGGUACGAGAAAAUCCGACGAAUCGUUCUCGUCAGUUUCUUCCUCUUAUCUACGCUGACUUCAAAGGAGUCACUUUGGUGUUUCCAGUGUUAACGAAGAGAAACGAACUACAGCACGACACAAUAGUUAUCAGAACUGAGAGCGUUAAUAUCAAUCCCCACGCAGAAAAUCCCAUCUGCAGAGUGAUUCUGCGUCCUGAUAUAUAUGAGCUUGCAGCUCAAGCGAAUAUCCUGAGCACUCCGGGUUCCGCAGUGGAGGAUCGACAAUAUGAGAUUAAGAUAAACGACAUCCUAACCUACAGUACGUCAUGGAUUCAUCGUCAGGUGAAUUUGACAAAACGCAAUGCCCAAGCAUCCCUGUAUACGAUGAACGAGAAUCCUGCCUUAGAGUGGAAUAAUAUGAUUGAUCAUGGAGAUAAUGGGGAAGCUCAGUGUUUGUCCUUGACAUCUGGAUUCGAUGUCUGUUGCAUCGUUGCUCCAUCAAUUAUCUACAAGUCAGAAAUAAUGGUGUGUGGAAGAGCUAUGGAGAUCACUUGUUUGACUGACAUUGACGUUGCAGUUAAUUUGGAGCAGAUUAAACUGAUGAACAUGUUGUAUCAGCAGCUGGUGGAGCUGUCCAUAGCUUCUGGUGAUACUGAGCAAAGUGGGAACGCGGGGAUGAAGGAGAAUAGUGGAUAUUCACAUCAACCAGUGGAUUCACCUGGGAGAGACAUAAAUGCAGACAGAAGUAUCGAGAAUCAACGAGAAUAUGGUCAGGACAGUGGAGUCGAUGUGGAUAUGUCUUCCACAGACGUAGGCUGUCACUUGGCUUCCCUAGGAUCAAAGAAUCCAAUGAUACUGCCUUUUGAGUACCUCAUGAACUUCGGAAAAAUCUCGAUAACGAUUUACGAAAAUUCGAGGGCUAGAUCGAACAGCAAAAGCCCGAUUAUUUCUCCACUGAUGUAUCUUUUUAUUAAUCAACCCAAUACCUACAUCUCUCAGCAGAAUGCCACGAGAACUUUUCAGAUCAACUGCUUUGAUAUAUCUGUAUCAUUUCCUGAUGGGGUUAAGGUUAUGGAGACUGUUCCAACAGCUGUAGAUUUUAAAAGAAUAUUUGUGGAGACAAAGAAUGGAGAGCCCCACCCCAACACUGGAAUUCCCCCUUCUUUCAUGAUCAUCAGGGUUCAGACUGAAGUGAACAAGAAGUCAAUUAACAUUGACAUGGGUCGACCCACACGAGUGAAUCUCUCAUUACCACUGAUCGAUCUCAUUGAUUCCACUCGAGAGAAAUUAUCAAAGUGUUUUGAGGUCUCGAAAAUAGAUGUUAAUACGUCAGGAUCCCCAGCAAAUUUGUCAGAAUGUGUUGCAACAGAAGAAAAUAUUUUAAAUCUUCCAAAUGUCAACGUAACAACGAAACAAAUAGUCUUAGCUCUGAAGUUUGAUACCAGUUCUGAGUUGAUCCUCUCCAUGUCUUCAUUAUCUGCAGGACUGGCAAGUAAAUCACGAAAAAUGAACGGGACCAUUGCUCUGUCUUCAGCGAUGAUAACAACGAACGUCUAUGGGAGCUAUCGAGCUCUUCUAAACCCCAUGUCAGGCAGGUUUUCUAUGAAUACCAGCUGGGAGAGCUGGCACGACAUCCACGAUUUGCCUCAGACAAGAAUUCAAGCUUACAGCGAUCACAUUCAUCUGGACAUUGGCCCUGAGCAGCUAAGGAUCGUCAAAAGUCUCCAGAGGAGCCUUGAAGUUCUGUCGGAAAAAUUCACAAAGCCCCGAGAAGCCCAGGGCGAUGACAUUAAACGGAAAGGCUCUGGUACUACUGAACAACAUUAUCAGGAUGAUCUGAAGGUCGGCGCGUUCCAGUUCAUUGAUGGUGCAGCUGACGAUAUGCCACUACCUUAUCAAGUGAUAUUCUCCAAGCAUCCAAGUCAAUCGAUGGUCUGGCGCUAUCCCCAGCCGCGAAUUAUCACUCGUCUGCACAUGAAUGAAAUUUUUCAAUCGUUUAUCGAUGACUCUGAGGUCGACAUCGAGAGCAUUCUUUGUGUCAUCGAAUUCUGGAGUGAGUCUCUAUCGUCGUACCAGCGUUAUCUCGAAUUUCCCAUCAUGGAGAUCAAGAAGAUGACGUUUAAAUUGCCGAGCAGGUUCCCCACUAGAGCUGUCGCCUGCGUUUGGAGGUUAACCCUUCAUUCGGGGUAUUUAGACUCUAGAACUCUCGCUGGAUACCUCAGGAUUGACUCCUACUUCAACUCAUCCCUAAUAUCUGCUAUGGAGGUGACACUCAACAUCAAAACAAUUGAUCUGGCUUUUUACAACCACAUUGACACAUCUGUUUAUCGCAAUCUCUCAUCUCCCCUAGAACACUAUAAAUUGAAUAACAUCAUUCCGAGUACUCAGUGUUUUGCCAUUAUCCAAAAACGAAAUGUCUUGGUUGUUUUUAAUAAAUGGGAGGACUCGAUGUUGGUGGAUCUGUCUGGCAGCGUGUCCAUUGAUGUCAUGGACUAUGCUUACCUGAGGAUGCAAAGGUUCCUACAGGAAGUGGCCGGAAAAAUACAAGUGUCCAAGUCUGAUCACACUAAUGUUGUCAUGAUGUGGCAGGAGGUCUCCUUGAAAUUUGGACCUGAGGUCUCGCACACGUUGACGUUAUCCUUCAACCUUUGGAAUUCAGCACUCGAGGACGAUAGGAAGAUCCUGAAGAAUGAGGGAGUUAUUUUGAGUAGAAUCGUGGUGGCUAAUAACUGCAAUGUUCCAGUGAGAUUUGGACAGAGUCAAUCACCUGAUGAUAUUUUAUUGCAGACGUCUGAAUGUCAUUUCUACGCUUGGUGUCACAGUGACAAUCAGAGCAUGAGGAUCGCUAUAAAAAGCACUGGAUGGAUCUGGAGUCGAGCCUUCAACGUCAGAUCAGAUGGGAUUCGACAGAUUAUUUUUGAUAAAUCAUCAAACUCGGGAAUUCACGCUAACAUAAAGUCAAUUUCUCCAACGCAGAAGCUGAUAACUUUCUGGGGACAGUUAAUCGUUUGUAAUUCGUUGAUCGAAGACUUUGAACUGAGGCUUUUGCGGUACGAUAAUACAUCGAAAACGACAAAGAUCGUCUCUGAGGACGGUUCUUAUGUCUUGACGAAUACGAAACCCCUGUCGAUGACGAUAGAUCAAAAGGAGAAUUUCGCGAUAAGACUGAGAUUCCUGAAGUCCACAAACUCGUGGACUGGAGACAUUCCUCUGCACGCCAAUGCCAAGUGCGAUCAGCCUUGGCUGGUAAAAGUUCCCCAUCAAGGAAAGGACAAAUUCCUCAGCAUCUGGGUGAGGAUUAUUCAGGAAUCCAUCGAUAACGGACGAAUUCUGGUGAUUCUGAGUCCCCUUUACAUGGUAAGAUCGUUUUUACCUGUUGACGUUGGAGCCAGACUGGAAACGCCGACUCUGUCGUCCUCCUUCGACACCAUAAUUCCUGGGUGUGGAGAGGUGCAACAGGUGAACUGUCCUGGGACCUUUGAGAACUAUCACCAGUUAACGUUUCAUAGCAAUUACGAAAUCUCAACACUGCAGACAUCUAUUCCUGUUUCCUACAACUGUGUGGACCAGAGAAACUUCUUCAAGAGGCCCCAGAAAGAAGAUGUGGACCAGAUCCUGGAGAGUCUCUCCUCGAAGAAGGUAAAGCCUCGUUGGCCUCUGAGAGAUGAGGAUGAGAAUGUUUGGAGACCUGUGAAGCAGGGAAGAACUCACGCCUUCAUUAGAUAUCAGGAUGCAGGGCUAGUUUCCAGCACUCUGUUGUUCGAAGUUCGUCCCUGGUGCUACAUAAUGAACUCCCUGGGGCGAUCAAUCUCUAUAGUAUCGACUACUGAUCAUCUCGUGGAGAUUCCCCAUUUGGGGGUGGCUGCACCCCCCAAACUGGAUGGAAUAUUCCACCUGCAAAUUGAGAUCGACGACGAACUCUAUGACUCUAGCCCCCUGCAACUGGCAAGUUCAGAGUGGAACAGAGGGUUUAUCAUGCCUCAGAUCAGUGGACUGAUCCCACUUGAUGGAAUAGUCAGAGUCAGCAUUGACUGCAAAACUAAAGGAAUUUGUAGUUUGAUCAUCAACUCCAGUGUUCAGGAGGAGAUCAGGAUAAUCAGAGUGAUGAGCAGUCACAUUUUUUGCAAUUUCACAUCACACAACCUCAAAAUAUCGUCUUUAUUAGCCAAUUUAUCAUCCCCUGGAGUGGAUGUACCUGAAGAUCUCGAGUUAUUCAGUGAUGACAUUCCUCCAAGUGUUUCGAAGAGCGAGGGAAUACCUGUCAGCCAGUGGUAUCAGGUUACACCUGUCUCUGAUAAUCACAAGAAUAACGAAGCUCCUUUUGUUCUGCUGAACGCAGGAUUUGGUUGGUCGUGUCCUUCAAGGGUCGAACAAGCAAUCAGUCGCAAUUGCAUUGGAGUUCCUUUUGAAAACUCCUCGAUUCCCCUGGUAGUCACCACCCAGAAGGACAAAGAAGUGACGUAUAUUGUGGCAUCUUAUGACGAACACCCACAAAUGGUGAUAACCAACAACUGCUCCUUUGAUCUGAUAAUUCAGCAGGUGAAUACAAGCAGAGGUACUAUUGAGCCUGAUGUCCCACCCUUCACAUGGGCCUGUGAGGUCCCCAGUGGAAAGACUCGUCACUACUCAACUCCGAACGUUGGGAGACUGAUCCCAGAUGCUGCCAAUGCCAGAGAAACCAAGUGUUCUCUUCAUUUGUCCUCGAGAGAGAUGGCCUGGUCCAAGAUAAUUGAUCUUCCAGUGGAGAAGCCCAUCAGGUUUGAUCAGUACGUUCAGAUGGACUUCCACAGGGACUUGAAGAUCAUGGUAGAGAGCAAAGGCCAUACUGUCCACAUCAAUAUCGAGCCAAAGUCGGAGAUUGAAGUGUCUGUCAGAGACAUCCGAAGCCGAUUGGUGCUUGAGGGGUCUUCCUCGAAGACAUCUGAGCAAAUUCGAAAUUCUUCGCCAUUGGAAACUCCUGAUGUCACCGAGAAUUCGUCAGUCUGCUUGACCGACGGUCUUUUCGACAACACAAUAUCCCAGAAAAACCAGCAAGACGACGAGGAAAAAUUCCUGACACUUUAUAUCAAGGGUAUCAACUUGAUUAUCAGUCUCGACAUCGCUGAGAGCAAGCAGAGAGUCGAAGUUGCCAGUUUCUACUUCUUACAUACGAUAAUAAACGUGACAUCGACAGUCGAGUGUUUGAGCCUUGGAGUUAUGAUUGGAGAUUUCCAAUUCGAUAAUCAGAUGUUUGAUCAAGGGGGCUUUGAUUUUCCAGUGGUCCUGAUCUCCCAGAAACCAUCGGUGAAGCCUGAAAGGACCUUCAACGUGACUUCCUCUCUAGAAAAUUGCAUCGCAGAGUUGCGAAAAAGUUCUUUGUUCAGUGUGGAGUGUUUGUGGGAGAGAAUCGAGGAAAAAAAUGCUUGCAAAAGUGUCCACGUCAGGGUUUUGCCGAUUAACAUCUAUAUUGAGGAUAAAUAUGUCACUCAACUGCUGGAGUAUGCGACUUCCAUGGUACGACCCUGUUGCAUUAUGUCUGGUAAUCCCAAAGUGAUUGAUUCUAUCGAUAAAAAUAAAAUUCUAAACGCCCCAACGAGCGUCAUCAUCGACGCUGGGAUCAUGAGCUCUCCUCUGAGAAUUCAGAGUCUGAUGAUCGAGCCAAUCUCCAUUCUGCUGAGUGUUCACACGUCUGUGAGGCUUUAUGUUGCACUAGAUCACUCGCCCCUUCAUUUUGGUGUCUUUGAAAGACAGAAUUUGUUCACCACUCCCUAUAGACUGGGGAAUGCCCUGACGAUGCACUAUUUAUCUGGUGCUAUUUUUGGAGCGGGAUGGGUCGUUGGUUCUUUGGAAAUUCUGGGAUCACCAGGGAGUUUUGCACACGCUCUAGGGUCAGGGCUCAAGGACUUCAUCGCUCUACCUUUUCAGGGCCUGCUGCAGGGACCCUGGGGGUUCGUUGUCGGGGUCACUCAUGGAUCGGCUAGUCUCAUGAAAAAUAUCACUGCUGGAACUGUCAAUUCUGUGACCAAAUUGGCGUCAAGUGUUGCCAGGAAUCUGGACAGACUGACCCUGGAUGAAGAACAUGUGCAAAGGCAAGAGGAAUCCAGGAGGACGAGGCCCCAGGGAAUGGCACAGGGGCUGUACCAAGGCCUCACUGGGUUUGGUAUCAGUAUUCUGGCAGCUGUAGCAGGACUCGCUCAUCAUCCUCUUCAGAAUUUACUGAAUGGGGAGACCAGUGCCAAGGGAUUGAUGACUGGGGUGGGCCUGGGACUCGUCGGAGUGGUCACCAAGCCUCUCUCGGGGGCUGCUGAGCUUGUUGCGUUGACCGGACAGGGAUUGCUUCAAAGGACUGGCUGGAACUCCCUUCCCUCCGCCCGGAGACAGUCGACGUUUGGGGAUUUUCAUGUGAACUCCAUCUCCACGAGGUACAUCUGGAAACUUGCGUCGUUGAUGCUCAAGAACUGUGAUAAUAUUUUGUACUUGACGGACGCUGAGUUUGUGGAUAACAAGGGGAACAGGUGUGAUGUCACUAUUGUUGUGACGCGACAUGAUCUUCUGAUAGUGAACAGGGGAGAGGACAAGGUCUAUAAAUUGUUCGGGCUGAGGGAGUUGAGUUUUGGAGAAGAUCUUGGAGACGAUAGCUCUUUGAGGCUGAGUUAUUCGGUGGGACAGCAACAGAAGUAUCAGUCGGAGACGCCGAGCGAACGCCUGGAAAUGGACCAGGAGAUGAGAAGCAGAGUUGAGCAGUAUGUGAUCAGCAGCGCAGGGCUCGUUAGCCUUGGUGAGGGCGAAUCGCAGAAUGUGGUGCACGGCACCCACACGUCCAGCUUCGCGGUGAAUUCUUUUAAUUUUUAUUUAAAACCCACGGAGAGGAAUUAUCUGAGGGCACUUAUGAGAAUUGUCAAGAGACAGAGUCAAGGAAUCGAUUUUACAGUUUUAUGAGAGUAAUAAAGAGGUUUUUAAGUGGAGCUAAGAGUAUUUUGUAAUUAGAUGAAGUAAUAUAUUUUUAUUUUAGGUAGAGGGAUGUGUGUUGUAUAAAGAGUGUUUUGUUAUUAACUAAUUUUUAUUGUCUAAAUAUAUAAGUAAAAAAUACAUUCGAUUUUCCUA